AUGCUAAACCACAGUAAUCUGAUAAUUAUUAUCAUCCCGGCGCUGGAACAUGGAGCCGAGCUUGUGAGCCCGAAGGACUUGGAGAAAGUCAAUCAACGGCUGCGAUUGGGCGGACAAUUCUUUCACGGCACGAGAUUGAUCCUCGUGUUCACCCUCAUCGCCACUUGUGUUCCCGCGCCGCACCUUAUCACCACCACCUCCCUCCUCCUCCUUCCUCGAUCUGCUCGCCGUGCUCUGCACAUCAGAGCUCUCCUUCGCAGCUUCCUCUCUGCCGUCCGACUCGGACGGCGAUCCAACCGGUUUUUUCUUCCCCCGCCGGUCGGAUUUCUCUAUGCUGUUCGAGCUGCCGUUGAAGGAGUCCUCCUCCCCUCCCGAUUUUCGAUCCGACCCUCCCCCUCCGCGGCCGGCUCCGCCGCUUUCUCCCCGGUUUUCGGCUUCUCCGCCUCGGGAUCUGUGGAGUUCGAUUCGUUCACCGAUAACUGGUCCUUGUCGAUUUCCUCCCCGACGGCCGGUCCUCCGCCGCUGCCCCCCGGCUCCGCCUCCGCCUCCGGAUCGACGAUUCGCUUCUCCUCCAUAUUCUUGUUCUCCAGAUCCGACGCGCUGUUCUCCUGUAGGCUCCUCUCCCUCUCCUCCUCCAUCCUCUUCACCUUCAACUCCAACGACCUAUCUAAAUUAUAUGCACGCAAUCACGAGAUAAUACUCGAUGUUGAGAUCGUAACGCUCCACCUCCCGCCGGAGCUCGGCGACUCUCAAUCUCCUCAGCUCUUCCAGCAGAGGCGCGGCGGAUUCUUCGGCGCCAGAUUUAACGUCUCCUCCGCCGCCGCCGCCGCCGUCCGAAUCGUGAUUGGGGGCGACGGAAAAGCGGCGCUUAAGGUCGAGAUACUUGGACCGGCAGUCGUGGGCGGUGAGGGGGAGGCUGGGGUCGGAGGUCCGCUUCUGGAGUUCGGAGGCGACGGAGUCCCAAGAGGCGGUGCCGUGGCGGUUGACGGCGAAGGCGAGGAUGAGCUCCUCCCAGGUGCCCCAAGAGGGGGAGGCGCCGCCGUCCGUCGUCGCGUCCGGCGCGACGCCGUCGGGUUUGGUCAUUGGCUUUUUACGGUGCGGUGCGUACGGUUGUAA